AUGGACCCCACGACCGCUGUGCAUGUCCGACAGCACUAUCUUGCCUCAACAAUGCACUCAGUGGCGCAAGUCCUCUGCGACAUGGAAGAGGAUCUGCUGCGUCACCCACGGCAGUGCAGGACAGGUGAGUUGGCGGCGCCAGAAGCAAUGAGGGCAUCGGUGGACACCACGCUUCCUCUUCAGCUGCUGCUGUCCUCCUUCACCACCACAUCCUUGUCUGCCAACCCCGGUGGGGUGAGCAAGAUCAGCACCAAGCCUGCCUCUUCCUCAUCCCCUGCACAGGACGCUGCAGGGAGUGAGCGUGCGACUGCGGCUGCGUCACAGGCGGCCGCCUCCGAUUUGAGCCGUUGUCUCCGCCCCGUAGACGCGGUCUUCGCGAGCAAAGAUGACGCUGCGAAGGCGGACAUAUGCCGCUGUAUAGCGCUGCACUGCGAACGCGCUCUCACAGGCCUUGGCCUUGUCGAAUCCUGGGGGGGUCGCCUCCGCUGGGCCCACGUAGCGCCGGACGGCGACGGCGGCGGCGAGCGCCUUGGCGUGGCGCUCGCCCUAGAUGCCUUCCGGUGCUGGCAGCGGGUGGUCCUACCACUCCUGCAGCGAAUCAGCGACCCCGCAUCUCGAGGCCUGACAGCCGACACAGCGACCGCCGAAACACUCUUCGACUAUCUGGUGAAGAGGCCAGCUGCGGUGGCGGUGCCGUGCUCGGACGCUUCCUCGCCCUUGGCGCCGGCAUUCACGUGCGAGGAGACCGCCUACUGGUGCUUUGCGCUCCUUCGUGGAUACUGUCAAGACUUUCCAGAGACUGUAUGGACCUCCAUACUGCGCGCUGCACAGGAUGCGGCGGUGCAGCAGUCGAGCAGCAAUGCAGUGUGCCUUCCACCACUACCCGGUGAGGCGCUCCUCUUGCGCAGCUUCAUUGCCCACCUCGCAUGCUCAGAAACCAACACUGCCUGCGUCACGUCCGCCCCCGCUCUGGGGCAGGCGAAAUGCGGCGACAUCAUCGCCUCCCACAUGUCUUCUGCUGUUGCGGCAGCUCGAGCUCGUGCCGAAUUUUGGGUCUGGGUCGAAGUAGAGCUUCUUCAGCGGACGUUUGCAGAUACGAAGGUGUCGGACUCGUCGCUGUCGGCGCUGCUGUGUGCCGACGGGUACUGGGCUGUACUGAUGCAGCCGUACACAGCCAUGCUCGCUCAGUACUACAUGUGGUGCUAG